UUCGCGCCGCACGGGGGCCGGGGGAACACCAGCAAUAUUAAACCCUCUGCUGUCACAAGUCUUAACCUCUAAAAAGUCACACUCAAGAGUCCCCCACUCUUCAUCCUUCUUAAUCUUCCCGCCAUUUUCUCCGCCACCAAACCACGGCGAAGCAAAACCCUAGCGAGAGCGUUGGGGGGGGGGAUUCCGGUCGCCGGCGAUGGUAAAGUCUCGAGACGUCCAAGAGAUUGUGGCGAAGCUCUCGUCCGAUAAAGCCAAGACUCGAGAAGAAGGGAUAAAGUUGCUAAAUACAUGGUUAGAAGGAGAAAGAUCAAACGAUUUCUGUAAAUAUCUUGCACAGAAAACUGCCAAGCUUAAACCAGCUGAAAUUCCUCACUCUGAAACAUGGCCUUUCUUUAUUACUAUGUUGAUUCAAUGUGCUUCAUUGGAGAUAUCCCCAAGCAAGCGCCGAUCACCGAAAUUGGUAUUUGCAAAGACCUUGAGGAUAGUUGUGCAGCGAGCGGAGGAUGAUAAGUUUUCAGGCAAUUUAUUGCCAUUGCUACCUGUGGUUAAAAGUCUUUUCAACCAUAUUUGGGAGGUCUUAAACAAUGAUCCAAGCUACCAGUUGCAGUCGGAAUAUGGGCUUAUUCUGCAGGAUCUUUUGGUUGUCAGAGAUUAUCGAUUUCACAUGAGAAAGCGAAUUUAUUGCAGCCUAGUGCUUCUGUAUAUGGAAAAUAUGGAAAAAAUCUUGAGUGGUAGAAAUGAUAAUCAACAUAUUAUCAAGGACGUAAAUACUCUCCGUUCACUUUUGGAGAACCCCCCUGGAGAUUUCCCAGAAAAUCUAAGGGACGGCGUUGUUAGAGGUUUUGUUAGGAUUUUCUCUUGUAUCAGGGAUGAGGGAAAGGUUUCUCGCAAACUUAUUGAGUGUAUUAAUACAUUCUUGUUAAAAGAUGGUCCAAAUUUAGGGCGUCAGUCCCUGGAGAUCCACAACGCUGUGCAUCAAUUUGUCUUUCGGUGUUUGCUGACAACCCAUGAUCAAACUUUUAAGGAUUGCCUUAUUUUUUAUGCAAUGUUACAACUGAAUAUGACAAGAGGUGCUACUGAUGGGAGCUUUUUGGUACAACAUCUUUUAGACAUAGUGUACAAGGAAUUAGAUCAAAGCUCUGUAUCCAAUACAAUUGUGCCCAGGACUGAUGCAGCUAAAUAUGAGAAGUUUGGAACUUUGAGCAGCUCUCAUUGUGCCUUGGUUGAGCUUGCAGCUGCUGUACUUUAUAGGGCUUGUAUUAACUUGACAAAAGCACCAUCAACUGAAAAGAGGGUCAAGAGAGAGCAUGUUGCUGCCCAUUUACGAGAGGCUCUCAUGAAGGGGAAAUGGUUAUGGUAUGCUUCAUUUUGUUGUCUUACUCGUAAGUACUCUACACGCAUUGGUAAAGAUCUUUUUAUGUACUGGUUCGAGGGGAUAUGUACAAGCUUUCAAAGAAUUUUGAACGAGGCAAAUGUGGGGCAUGCUUAUGAUGGUUUGCUAUGGACACUGAGGAGCCUGCAGGAACUCUCUUCUGUGUUGUUGCUUCCGGAUCCAAAGCGGAAAAAGCCAUUAAGCUCCUCUCCCUUGAAUGAGUUUGACUGUGGUUGGCAAUUAGUAUGGAGCUGCCUUAUGCAGGGCUUCCCGUUGUUCAGUAAUGUAACUGCAGUUGUAGAUGCAGCUCUGGUGCUCCUGGGAAACAUAAUUUCAAGUGAUCUUGUACAUACAUGUGUCGUACCUCAGGAUGUAUGGGACCUUAGGAUAUUCAAACAAAUGCCGUCAGUGUCUUUGUUGUACUUUAUAUCCUGUUACUUUUCAAGGAAAGGUUCGCAAGUAAGUGGUGAUGUUCGAGACAUUUUACACCUGAGAAAAAACCUCCUGAGAGCAGUUUUGGGUCAACUCAAGGAGAUGGAGAGUUCCAUACAUAACAAGCAGUUGGUGUUAUUAUUGCCUGCAGCUGUUAAUGCUCUUUGUGCUGGUUGUGUUCCUUUUACACAAUGCCACACUGGACUAAUCCAAUCUUACACUUCUCUAGAUGCUACUGAUGCUGUAAAUAAGACAGAAAAACCUGAGCACAAUUGUCUGCAUGGACUAUUCGACUGCACUGUGGAGGUUCUCGCUGAUAUUGGUCCAGGUCCGAGCGUUGAGGUUUUCCCAUCCCAACACUAUCCAAAUCUACGGCUUCCCAGGCAAUUAAGAGAACCACUACUUUCUGAGAUGGAGACUCUAAUUCUUGGAGCUCUAGUGGAGAAGGAGAUGAGAAGGAGAUCUUUGUCAGAUAUAUUCUUUAAAUGUGCUAUAUUGUCAAACAUCAUCUAUGGUUCAGUCUUGACAAGGCAAAGAGAGGAAGUUUCAUCAUUUGUCUCAAAAUUGGGUCGAUACCUGUUAGAAUUGCUGGAUUUUGCUGUUACUGUCACCCAGGGAAAUGAUUGUCUAGCUCUCAGUUCUGAUCUCCUAUCUAAUGGAGCAAGCUCUAUUGUUGCUUCCUUUAGAAGUUUUGCUCAUUCCCCUAUCUUUAGUCGACAGCACGAUCAAAAUCAUGUCGAUGCUGAACUAUAUGGUGCCAUAAUGCAAGUGAUGGAGAGGCUCUUAAAAGCGAUGUCUAAUGUGUAUGAAGAGUUUUCCAGUGGUGCAGGAGAACGUUUAACUGCAUGUGAUACGCUAAAACAAUAUUCUUUCCCUGCUGAUAGCAAUAAAAGUAGGAUUGUGGACAUGGAGUUGGAUGUUAAUGAGGAUACCGGAGAUAUGGAUACAUUAUCUGAUGGUGGCAAAACUGCCAGUGGUGUAUUCUCUUCUGUAAAGAAAUGGAAGCUGGGCAUGAUAUCGCUUAUUUCUAAUUUUUUCUCAGUUUUACACACAACUUGGGAUGUCCUGUUUAAGCUCCUGUCAAAAGAAAGGGAUCAAAUGGUCAGGGAAAAAAUUAUGUUUAGUCUUUGUCAACAUCCCUUCUGGUCCUCUGCUGAAAAUUUCAAGGAAAUGGUUGGUUUAAUGACUAAAAUGAUUAAGAUACAAGUGAGUCUUAAGCUCGAUUGUGGUAAGGUAUUAUCUGCUAUCCAUGGUUUGCUGGGGACACUAUCAUCCUUGGACACUAACUGGAAAGAUAAAGGUUUCACUGACUCUUUAGGUGAAAGAGGACCUGAGCAGAACUUGAUGCAUCUUCGAGAUGCGGUUGCUGAAUGUGAUCUUCUUGACUGGUUUGGACGUGUUAAGCUCAUCGAUUGCAUAUGCAAUUUUGUUUUACUCAGUCCUCAAAUUGGUCAGACACUGAUUGAAAGGUUGUUGACGAUGCUUCAAGAUCCUGAUUAUCGAGUUCGUUUCUCCCUGGCUAGAAGGAUUGGUGUUCUUUUCCAAAUGUGGGAUGGACAUGAGGAAUUAUUCAACGAUAUAUGUUCCAACUUUGGAGUGAAGUUGGUGGUAUCCUCAAAAGAAAAACUUGUUACUGCAAGUGAGGUCUUAGCUAGUGGUCCACAGCCUCAGCCCACGAUGGAAACUGUCAUUAUUACUCUCAUGCAUCUUGCUUUGCAAAGUGAGAAAAUAGAGUUGGAGGCUGUAUUCAUGAUAUGCGUGGUUGCUGCUAUUGAUCCUUGUCAGAGGGAAUUGAUCUUUGUAAUACUUGACAAUCUCUCAAGGCAGUUGCGCUAUGCAAGCAGGUUUAAGUACUUGGAGGAGCUUUUAGGAUCAAUUCUCUUUAGUUGGGUUGCUUGUGGUGUAAGCCUUGCUGCACUUGUAGAGAUACGGCAAUUAUUUGUGUCUGAUUCCGAACCUAGUUACUUCAUGCAGUAUUGCUGCCAUUGGCUUCUCCCAGCUCUAGUUUUGCAUGGGGAUAGCUCUAGUCUCAGCUGGGUUGCUAGAAUUGCUUGUCAACCUCCAGCAGUUCUGGUGAAAAAUCACUUCGUGCAGAUCUUCUCUGUUUGUAUGGGAUUGCAUUGUAGUAAGAGAUCUGGGUGGGAAAAGGGAGCAGAUGUGCUUCAGAAUUCUAUUUUGCAUCUUGCUCAGAUAUCUGAGAAUGAACGGGACAAACUCAUCAAGAAGCAUAUGGUAUCUAUUGUCAGCCACAUUCUGUCUCUUGCAUCAUCCGCACCAAACCCCACGGUUCCAUUCUUUUCUCGGGAUACGAUUGUACGUGGAAUUCAGACAAUUGUUGAUGGAUUUUUGGAGAUGGAGGAUUAUGCUACAAGUGUGUGUGUUGUUGACAAGAUCAACAUUUUUCGCCCAGAUAGGGUUUUCAUGUUCAUAGUGGAGCUGCAUUAUAGAAUUGCAGCAGCAACCCAUCAUAGGCAUACAUGUCACAGACUAGCUGGAAUCGAGGUGCUGAUAGAUGUUCUUGGGCAUAGAGCUGCUAUGGCAAGCACUUCCAACUAUCUUUUCAAUCUGAUCGGGCAGUUUAUUGGUUACCAUGAUUUACAAGAUCAAUGCUGCCGUGUCAUAUCUGUGCUUCUGAAAACUUUUAAAAGUAAUCCAUCCCGAGAAAUUAUCAGUGUUCUGGGUGAGCAACUUCAGUUUUUAGUGUCGAAGUUGGUUGCAUGUUGCAUUCCAUCUGAAACUAAGGGAGAACAAUUUGGCUGCGGAUCAUCUCAAGUUUUAUCAUUGCUCUUUCAGCUAACUGUGCAUUCUGAUCCAUCCCUUUAUGAUUACAUCAGAGAAUUGGAACCAUUCCCUGAAAUAGAUAUCUUUGAUGAGAUUAGAAAGUUCCAUCAGGAUUUAUGCCGAGCUUACUCUCCAAGAGAUCAUCUGCUGAAGUUUGUUCGGAGAUCUGGUCACCUUCCACCAAGAUUACUUCUCUGGAGUCUCCAAGCAUUGCACAAGAAGCUACUUUUGGGUGAAACAUUUCAAAUUGAAAAGAAUGCAGCAGAUCGGGUGGAAGAUAGAUAUUGGCAUUGUGACGAUGAAAUUAUGACUGCUGUCUGGACUAUGGUUCGCAUGUGUGGCUCAGAAGAUGCAAAUAGCAUUAGAGUUUUGGUCUCUGAUUUCAUAUCUAGGGUUGGUAUUGGGGAUCCACAUUGUGUUGUUUUCCAUCUGCCUGGAAACUCGAGUAACAUCCAUGUGUGCCAACCAGUCAAUCAAGGCUUUUCUACAGAGGGCACAUUUCCAAUUGAUACUGGAUUGUCUGAAGAACUUCUGGUCGCACUUCUGAAACUUCUGAAGAAGUACUUGAUGGAUGAUUCUGUUAAAAUUGUAGAUAUGACAUCUCAAGCUCUUCGGGGAAUUCUUUCAACUCAAAGGGGUCAAAAUACGCUGUUGUCAUUUGAUUCUUAUGAGAGGUCUCUUAUAGAGGUUCACUCCAAGGGAGUCAAUAUUGAGCUGGUUGAAAAGCUCCUUUUGGAUUUGGAAAUUAAGUUUAAAGCUGAAGCAAUUCCAAUCGAGAACUCUACUGUAUGGGUAACACAUGGUAAAACUUUUGAUGAAUGGAUUUGUCCACUUGUCUGCUCACUGAUCGGCUUAUGUAGUGAUGUUAUUCUGAGAUUAUGUCAGGAUAUUGUGUUGAUGAAAGCUGAAGUUGCUGAGCUUUUAUUGGCAAGUAUUAUUGUCAAUCUUGCUGGAAAGAAGGAUAUGGAUGUUAAUCUCUACAAAUUGAUCUCUUUGCAGGUGCAGGAACAUGUAUUUACAGACUCUAAUAAGUUAAUCAAAUCAAUUCAAGUAUGGUUGAAUGCCCUCAAUGAACUUCGAUUGUGUCAUGUGAUGGAAAGAUCUUCUUUGUUGCCAUUAAAGCAAGAAAGCUCCAAGAGUGCUAAGCCUUCUAGUUACAGCUCUAAAUCUCGUUCCACCUCUGUAAAGGCUAGAGAAUCUGCUUCUAUGUAUGGUGCAAUGGCAAUGUCAACGCCAUUAUGGGACAAGGUUUAUUGGCUUUCUAUUGAUUAUCUUGUUGUUGCUAAGUCAGCAGUUGUUUGUGGCUCAUACUUUACUGCGAUGAUGUAUGUGGAACAUUGGUGUGAAGAACAUUUCAAUAUCCUGACACUGGGUAGCCCUGAUUUCUCCCACUUCGAAAUGUUGCCACGCCACAUUGAAAUACUUGUUGCAGCAGCUACCCAGAUCAAUGAACCUGACAGCUUAUAUGGGAUUAUCCAGUCACACAAGUUAACCUCUCAAAUCAUUACCUUCGAACAUGAGGGAGACUGGAGCAAGGCCCUUGAAUAUUAUGAUUUGCAAGUGCGUUCAGCUGCUUUGGUACCAAUGGAUUUUGGUUCCAGGAGUUUGUCACUGGAACAGACUCAACCUGAUAAUUUUUCCAAUUCCACACCGGAUGAUCCGAUGAGGCAGAGGAAACCAUAUAAAGGUCUGAUCAGAUCUUUGCAGCAAACUGGUUGUAUGCAUGUCCUGGACUUUUAUUGUCAAGGAUUGACAUCUAGAAAGGGACAGUUUCAUCAUGAUCUGGAGUUUACCGAAUUGCAGUAUGAGGCUGCUUGGCGUGCAGCAAACUGGGAUUUCUCGUUACUCUAUGCUGGAGAUAAUUCUAUUUCAUCAACUCUGCACAUCAAAGCCAAUCAUUUUAAUGAAAAUUUGCAUAGUUGUUUGAGGGCACUAAAAAAGGGGAAUUUCAAUGAAUUUCAUGAAAAGCUGAAAGAUUCAAAGCAGGAGCUUGUUUGGUCUGUUUCUCGUGCAAGUGAAGAAAGUACUGAACAUAUAUAUUCAGCAAUAAUUAAACUACAGAUCCUCUAUCAUCUUGGCAAGGCAUGGGAUUUACGUUGGAGAUCAUUUCCAUCUGAGUGUAUGAACUUCCAUCCACAGAUGGAAGAAGUGAAUUCAGAACCUCUAAUCCCUACUGUGGAUCAGUUAUCCUGGCUGAGCGUGGAUUGGAGCUCCAUUUUGGAGCGAACACAGUUACACAUGAGUUUAUUAGAGCCUUUUAUAGCGUUCAGGCGAGUUCUACUUCAAGUCUUAAAUUGUAAGGACUCUAUGGUGCAACAUCUCCUGCAAUCCACGUGUACUCUCCGUAAGGGAUCUAGAUUUUCUCAAGCAGCUGCAGCCUUGCAUGAGUUUAAGUUCCUUUGUGUUGAAUCAGGGGAACAACAGUCAUCCCUUUAUUGGCUUGGAAGGCUUGAAGAAGCAAAGCUUUUGCGUAGCCAAGGUCAGCAUGAGAUGGCUAUCAGCCUUGCAAAGUAUGUGGCAGAAUAUUCCCUGUCGAAUGAAGAGUCUUCAGAUGUACAUCGCUUGGUUGGGAAGUGGCUGGCAGAGACUAGAUCUAGCAGCUCAAGAACUAUAUUGGAGAAGUAUUUGAAACCUGCUGUUUCACUUGUUGAGGAUCAGAAGGCUACAGACAAGAGGUCGAGAGAUAGACAAAGCCAAACUCAUUUUCAUCUUGCACACUAUGCAGAUGCUCUGUUUAGGAGUUAUGAGGAAAGACUUUCCUCCAGUGAGUGGCAAGCAGCCAUGCGUCUGAGGAAACACAAGACAACAGAGUUGGAAGCACUUAUUAGACGGCUAAAAUGUUCCACAAAGGGGGAGAAGACCGAUUACUCUAUCAAAAUUCAAGAGUUGCAAAAGCAGCUAGCAAUGGACAAGGAGGAGGCCGAAAAGCUUCAGGAUGACAGGGACAAUUUUCUUAGCCUAGCAUUGGAUGGAUAUAAACAUUGUUUGGUUGUUGGUGACAAGUAUGAUGUAAGAGUGGUUUUUCGACUAGUUUCUCUGUGGUUCUCUCUCUCCUCUAGAAAAAGUGUCGUAGAUAGCAUGCUUACCACAAUCACCGAGGUUCAGUCUUACAAAUUCAUCCCUUUGGUGUAUCAAAUUGCUUCGAGAAUGGGUAGCUUAAAGGAUAGCCAGGGUUCUCAUAAUUUCCAGUUUGCUUUGGUUUCUCUUGUGAAGAAAAUGGCUAUCGACCACCCAUACCAUACUAUAUUUCAGCUUCUAGCACUUGCAAAUGGUGACCGUAUCAAGGACAAGCAGCGAAGUAAGAAUUCAUUUGUGGUAGACAUGGAUAAAAAGCUUGCAGCAGAGAAUCUUUUACGAGAGUUGACCUCGUAUCAUGGAUCUAUAAUAAAUCAAAUGAAACAAAUGGUGGAGAUCUAUAUCAAACUUGCAGAACUAGAAACAAAAAGAGAGGAUACCAAUAGAAAGCUGUUGCUACCAAGAGAGUUGCGUAAUCUUAAACAGCUGGAACUUGUGCCAGUUGUGACAGCUACCUUUCCCAUUGACCAAAGUUGUCAAUAUGAUGAAGGCUCUUUCCCAUACUUCAAGGGAUUAGCAGAAUCAGUUACGGUAAUGAAUGGUAUAAAUGCUCCCAAGGUGGUCGAAUGCUUAGGUUCGGAUGGUUGCAGAUACAGACAGCUGGCAAAAUCUGGAAACGAUGAUCUAAGACAAGAUGCUGUAAUGGAACAAUUUUUUGCCUUGGUCAACACCUUUUUGCGAAACCACCGGGAUACAUGGAAAAGAAGAUUAGGAGUACGCACGUACAAGGUAGUUCCAUUUACUCCAAGUGCCGGGGUCCUUGAAUGGGUUAAUGGCACUCUUCCUCUUGGUGAAUACCUUAUAGGAAGCAUGAGAAAUGGAGGUGCACAUGGUCGCUAUGGAAUAGGGGACUGGUCAUUUCUCAAAUGUCGAGAGCACAUGGCAAAUGGAAAGGACAAGCGCAAGGCAUUCCAGGAAGUUUGUGGCAAGUUCAGGCCUGUAAUGCAUCACUUUUUCUUGGAGAGAUUCUUACAACCAGCUGACUGGUUUGAAAAGAGGCUUGCAUACACCCGAAGUGUUGCUGCAAGUUCAAUGGUUGGUUAUAUCGUCGGCCUUGGGGAUCGACAUGCUAUGAAUAUCUUAAUUGAUCAAACUACUGCAGAAGUUGUUCAUAUAGAUCUUGGAGUUGCCUUCGAACAAGGGUUGAUGCUUAAGACACCAGAGCGGGUUCCAUUCCGACUGACAAGGGACAUCAUUGAUGGUAUGGGUGUCACUGGAAUAGAAGGGGUUUUUAGGCGAUGCUGUGAGGAAACUCUUUCUGUUAUGAGGACAAAUAAAGAAGCACUACUGACCAUCGUUGAAGUUUUUAUUCAUGAUCCCCUUUAUAAAUGGGCUCUGUCACCUCUGAAAGCUUUGCAGCGUCAAAAGGAAAUGGAUUACGAAUCAGAUACAAGCUUAGGUGACUCAGAAGAUGAAUAUGAAGGUAACAAGGAUGCUGCACGUGCAUUGAUGCGUGUCAAACAAAAAUUAGAUGGGUAUGAAGAAGGAGAAAUGCGAAGCAUCCAUGGGCAGGUGCAACAACUUAUACAAGAUGCUAUUGACCCUGAGCGCCUUUGUCAACUAUUUCCAGGAUGGGGAGCUUGGUUGUGAUGAACCCUUCAUCUUAUUCCCCCCAAGAGCAUCUAAUCACGUACAGGUGGCUUCUAAAUUUGUCAAGUUUUGUGAGUUUAUGCAUUCCUCGAAUGUUGCCCCAACCAGUGAGUGUAUAAUGUGUUGGUUCUUGCAGUGUAUGAUUAAGCUGUACAUAAAAAGGGUAGUCCAUGUAUAGAUGAUGAAAAAUAUGGGAAAUCUGCUAUUUAAUUGUAAUACUCUGUUGAGAAAGCGAGUGAAAAGUAGCAAAUUCAUGUAGCGCGGGUUUUUAAUACAAAAGGGGGAAAUUACCUAAAAAAGAAGAGCAUUUUCUCCCCAAAGCACUUCUAUACAAAAUGCAAUGUGGUGGCAGAUUGCCUUGCGAAAAAUAGCUUUGAUCAUGCUUUUUACUCUUUAGUCAUUGAAUUUGAUAUUCCUCCUGUUCAUGCU